AUGACGCUUUCUGAUUGGUUAAUGUACGACAGCCCUUCACGUGCUGCACCUGCUAAAGAAACCUGUGCGGCCAGCCGUUUUAACGACCUCGCCUCACCCACUUGCUCGCUCUUACCUAUCCUUUACCUCUCCCCCCCUCCACACUUUUCAUUUUCCCCACUCACACUCUUUUUCCCAUUCACCCAGACCUUUUUUUUAAUCUUCUUUCUUUCUUUCUUUCUUUCUUUCUUUCUUUCUUUCUUUCUUUCUUUCUUUCUUCUUCUUCUUCAACUUUUAAUCUUUUUCAAUUUCUUUCUUCUUUCUUUCUUUCUUUCUUUCUUUCUUUCUUUCUUUCUUUCUUUCUUUCCACACUUGACAUCUACUCUUUUUCAAUAUUUUAAUCUUUCUUUCUUUCUUUCUUUCUUUCUUUCUUUCUUUCUUUCUUUCUUUCUUCUCUAUAGUGUUACACUCGAACAUCCGUGUCUGUCGUUAAACAUUUUUCCUAUAUGGCACUAUCUAUCUAUCUAUCUAUCUAUCUAUCUAUCUAUCUUUUGUGACGACACAUUGUGA